AUGGAACAUGGAGGUGAUAUGUAUCGUGAAAUUCCUUUCAGAUUUAUAGGUUUAUCUCACGAAAUAAUGAAAAGAUCAUUUCCAAUAGUAUGGAGAGCUUUUCCCAUAGGACUGAUUUUGCGAAACGGUUACAUUGCAAUGGAUGUCUUUGAUAAAGCUCAAUCGAAGUUUGACAGUGAUAAUAUGAGACCCAGUAUAAUCGCCGCAGGGGAUGCAUUUAUUUGGCAAAUGAUGGCAACUGUUGCAAUUCCUUGGAUCACCCUAAGAGGGUGUUCCCUAACAAUGGGGGAGGAAUUGCUGACAUCGUCCCCGGCCGUUCCGCACGCCCCCCACCUGAGAUCGGCCCCAAGUGGAGCCGACAUCAGGGGCGGCGACUUGGUGAGCAGAUUGCUGGCGGCCACGCCCCCUUAUCUGUACUCCGCCCCCGCCGGGGCUCAUUCUUAUUUCUUCAGCGAGAUGCUCAGGAGCCUCGUCAGGGCUCGAGAGACACAGAGGAGUGCAAGCAUGGCGACUCGUCGUACAAGAAAACGUUCCUGGAUGCCUCCGACAUCAGCACAACACCACAACACAAAUUCAAUCCCAGAAACCGAUCGUUUUUCCAAAAAACCUUCAACAAUACGUUCUCCAGAUCGUCCUUUAGAGCUCACAACAAAUAUAAAACCACAACACGAAUCGACACCAUCACAAAAUCAUUUAACGAAACACACCACCGAAAACAUAUUAAGAAACUCAACAAGUAGCGAAGGAGCUGUCAAAGUGACAGAGAAUCAGGAGCACCAACAGAGCGAUUUGAUUUUGCCUCCGCCGCCUCCAAUGUGGUAUCCACCGUUGUAUCCUCCUCCUUACGGGGUAAUAGACCCUUUGCACUUUUUUAUAGAUUUACGUGUAAGUGGACACGUUUACGACCGCAAUAAAAAAGAACAGGAACAAAAAUUAGCAAAUGUUUCAACUUAUUCCAAGAUGGCUUCCGAUGCUAACAAUUUCGCGGUUGGCAGACACGGGUCAGCGUUCUCCGUUCCUUUACCGCGGAACAAUAACAAUUCAAAUUUAAAUUCAAAUUCAAAAGGCGCCGUGAAUUUAUCCAACGACAAAAACUUGUACAAAAAACCCGAUAAUGGUUGUAAUACUAAUUACGUUUUGCAAAAUUUGCCCAGGAUUUAUAAUGAUAUUUCAACCGAGCGUAAAGAUGCAACGAUUUCUGUCGAUGACGAUGAUGAUGAGGAGCAAAAUGGUGAUAGUGAGAAUGAAAAUGAUAAAAGUAAAGAUGAGGAGCAGAAGAAGAAAGAUUUGAGAGCUUUGAUUGGAUUGGAACUGGUUGUGGAUUAUGUUAAGAAGAAAGAAGAUGAUCGCAAGCCUAAUUUGGAUGAGGUUGAAGAAAUUCCUGAUUAG